UAUACAUACAUUAAAAAAAAAAUUGUACGUUAAUUUUUUUAUAUUUAUUUACUGUCUUAUCGACAAUCAAUCUUGACGAGCGGUAACUUUUGAAUACAGUAGUAAGAAAGUGUCCGUAUAAAAAAUUGUAAAAUUUUUUUAACCAAAAUACUAAGCGCCAAAAUUUUUUGAACUAUCUACAUGUGCGCCACCACCUUUGAAUUAUUAUUUUUUGUCUAUAUUUUUUUUUAAUGUUAGUAUAAAAAAUUCGCUAACGCACUCUCUAAUCUAUAAGCAUCAAGAUACUCAACCGAUCGAUAGUUAAAAUCAACUAAAAUUAAAAAAAAUUCAUUAUGUCCUUUAUUAAUCAUAUUAUUUGCAAUAAAUGUUAUUAUAAUAAGAGAUCGGGCAACCGACCUUUUUAUUUAACACAAUGCGGCCAUAUCUUCUGUCAUCAAUGUAUAAGUACAGGAACGAGUACAUGUCAAUGGUGCCAAACACCAGAUAUUCAGACUGUGGAAUUAACUGAACCUUUACCACCAGCAAUUGCUUAUUUAUUCACCCCACGUCAUGAAUUUUUGCAGACUAUGGCUAACGCUGCUAAUUUUAAAUUUAAUCAGAUGAUGAUAACGGACAAGCUUUUAGAACAACAAGCCGAAAAAUAUAACACACUAAAACGUAUGUUCUGGGAGCAACGUAAAACAAUUUUAAAAAUUCAACAAAUGAAACAAAAACUCGCAACUUCUAUCAAUGAAUUAUUAGCAACUCAACAAAACUAUUAUCAACAACCUACUAACUCUGCUUCGUCUGAUGGUAGAUACAUUCAAUCUGAAAAUUUUUUUCGACAAUACAAUGCUGUUUCAAAUAAUUUAGCUCAUAUUAAGCAGAAUCAACGUCCUAAAUAUCCAUUCGGCAGGAAAGUUGCAUUUGUUAACCCAAGUAACCCUUACGGCACAGUUUCUCCAUGUGAUACUUAUUCUCCAUCAACCAAUAUGAACACUCCUAGAAGUAUGAAUACACCUGUAACACCAGACACUGUUCUUUACAGGGCUAAUUACAGAAGAGUACACAGAUCUAAUGGUGAAUCAACCACCCCUUUCAGUAAUACAUCUUUAGGCAUCAACUUAUUUUAAUUUUCUUAGGCAUAAUUUUACGUAACUUUCCACUUAUUCGAAUUUUUUCUUCAUUUGAUAUAAAUAAUUAAUACUAAUUAUUAAGUAGCUAAUAUUCUAUAUCCAUAAAUUCUAAAUUUACUGGAAAAAAAUAAUCUUAAUAAUUAUAGUUAAGUUUCAACACACAA